AUGGAUUACAAUAAAAUCAAUGCCUCAGAUGAUACUAUGUCUGUGUUUUCUUCUCCCUAGUACAGCAGCAGUAAGAAGAGUCUGUCAGAAACAGAAGGACUGACCUAUGAUCAAGCUAUUGAUAGAGCAGGAGGGUUCGGGUUAUUUUAGAUUUUCUCGACAUCAAUGAUAAUGAUCUGCUACCUUUCAAAUGGAUAUAUAUUCUACUCGCUGACCUAUUUAGAAUUGUUCCCUGACUACAUCUGCCCUGCCUACAAUAAGAAGUGCACCUACAAAGAUCGUUGCGAUGAUAAAAGUAUCCCCAUUGAUUGGAGUUCAGACAGAUCUCUAGAUAACUGGGUUGCACUCUACAAUCUUGAAUGUGCUGACUCAGUAUAGAUUGGGCUACUUGGUUCAAUGUACUUUGCUGGGUGGUGUAUUGCUUGCAUCGUAGUACCAAGACUUGGAGAUAUCUAUGGGCGCCGACUUCCCUGCAGAAUCAGUGCAAUAAUUGCAUGUGCUGUUUAUUUGACAAUUGUUUUAUCUAAAAACCUAAAUCUGACUAUUGCUAUGUUUUUCUUCCUAGGAAGUACACAACCAGGCAAGUCCAACAUCGCCUAUAUCUACAUGCUCGAACUCAUCCCCUCUAAGUUCGGAACAUAUUUGUCAACUUUGGCUUGCAUCGCUGACGGCUUCACGACUAUUUUGAUAUCGCUUUAUUUCAGAUUCGUAUCUAUAAACUGGAUCUAUUUCCAAAUCUUUGGACUAUCUAUGACAUUUGUAUCUUGCUUUGCACUGUUUUUCUUGCCUGAAUCCCCUAAGUAUCUCUGGAGUGCUAAGAAAUUUAAAGAGGCAAGAGAGAGUCUAGCUUUCAUUGCAAAGUUUAAUAAAAAGACAUCUUUCACUAAGAAAUUUAAGUUCGAAACUGAGAUCUAGGAUGAAAUGGUUGAUAGGAAAAGAAUCAGCAUAUCAUUCAGCUCAUCUAAUAAUUAGGAUGUGUCAAGAUUACUGGAGAAGCUAAAUCUAGACAAUUCUAAUACAUUUGAGGCUUAUCCUAUUGAAGGAGAUCAGUUGAGUUUAUCAGAGAAGAAAAAUCAAGUUGAACCAGGUAGUCCAACUUCAGUGGGAGCAGCUAGCAACGUAGCUUAAAAAGAAAAAGCGCCAAGUGGAGCAAUUAAAGAGCUAUUUUAAAACAGAGUUUACCGAACUAAUUUGCUAGUCCUGUUGGUGCUUUGGGUAGUAGCUUCCUCAGACUAUUUCCUAAUCAAUUUCCAAAUGAAGUACAUCGAAGGUGACAUUUAUACCAACACUAUUGUCUCUUCUAUCUCAGAAAUCAUCUCAUAUUUGGUCACAGGAGCAUUGUAUGAUACGAUUGGCCCUAAGGUUUCAUUCACAGUAUCCUUUGCAAUUGCUGUGAUAGGCUCAAUUUUCUAUGUGCUGUUUGGAGAGAGUCAUAAAAAUCUGAUAACAGUGAUGAUCCUUGGCUCCAAGUUUGGUAUUAGUGGAGCAUUCAAUCUGGUGUAUAUAGCUAUGUCUCUCUUCCCACCUCUCUAUUCAUCUACUGUAUUUGGAAUAUUCAAUGUCUUUGCUAGAUUGGCUUCGAUGCUGGCACCUUAGUUCGCUGAGUUCAAGGAGCCCGUACCGAUGAUAAUAUUCUGUAUAAUGGCAGGUGUCGCUGGAGUAGUCUCCUUCUUUAUCAUAGGCCCAACUUACAAAGAUAGAAAGAGGAAAGUCAAAAAGCCAAAGCAGAGUAAUGAUAACUGA